AUGGAAGAGUGGGGCUUUGCCGCCGGGGAUGAAGUUGAGCUCAGGGGCCUCUCCAAGCUGGAGCUGAAUGGCCAGAAGGGCACGGUGCUGUUGCUGGACCCCUCCCAGGCCCAGCUGGGGAGGCUGCCGGUGAUGCUCCACAACGGCAAGAGGCUGUCGCUGAAGGUGGAGAACUUGGCAAAGGUCCAAGCUUUGCGGACCGGCGGCGACCUGGGCGCUGAGUGGAGCGCCGAGCUCAGCCUCGCCAGCGCCCGAAAGCUGCGAGCGCAACGCGCUGCGCCGCGGCUGGUGGUCAUGACCUUGAACCUCCAGUACCUCGCCAGCUUUCCAAAGGACCCUGCGGUUGCCAGGCGAAACCCUGAUUUGUCCGAGGGGUGCCCGGUCUUACGCCAGACGGCGGCUGCUGGAAAUCACCUCGUCUCCGCCUGA